AUGAAUCUGAAAGAAAAAUUGUCUAGUUCUUGGCUUUGGGAAGUAAAUAUAUUUGGUGUUAAGCUUGAGUCUCUCUGGUUUUGAGCUGACUUGAGUUUGUUAGUAUUAUGGCUGAGGUGAGCAAAGUUCCGGCUAGUGACAUGGAACUAGACCAUUCAAGCGAGACUAAAGCAGGGGAUGAUGUUGUUUCCGCCACUGAUAAAGCGGAGGUCACAUCAGUGACUGUAACUAAAACUGAAACCGUUGUUGAAAGUUCGAAAUCUACGGACUGCAAGGAGCUACAACAACUUGUUCCUCAUACCGUAGCUUCGCAGUCAGAAGUAGAUGUGGCUUCCCCGACAUCCGAGAAAGCACCGAAGAUUUCGGAAAGUAGCACUGCGUUAUCUUUGCAAUCUGGUUCGGAAGGGAAUAGCCCGUUUAUUCGGGAGAAAGUUAUGGAAGACGGAUACAACUGGCGGAAAUAUGGGCAGAAACUUGUUAAAGGAAAUGAGUUUGUAAGGAGCUAUUACAGGUGCACACACCCAAACUGCAAAGCGAAAAAGCAGUUGGAACGGUCGUCUGGUGGACAAGUCGUGGACACCGUUUACUUUGGUGAACAUGAUCAUCCAAAGCCUCUUACUGGCGCUGUUCUUAUCAACCAGGAUAAACGAAGUGAUAUCUUCACAGCUGUUAGUAAAGAGAAAACAUCGGGAUCCAGUGUUCAGACACUUCGUCAAACCGAACCACCAAAGAUCCAUGGAGGAUUACAUGUUACAGUUAUUCCACCAGCUGAAGAUGUGAAAACUGAUAUUUCACAAUCAAGUAGGAUAAAAGGCGACAACAGUCACAAGGAUUAUAAUAGUCCUACCUCAAAGCGAAGGAAGAAAGGAGGGAACAUCGAGCUGAGUCCAGUGGAGAGGUCAACCAAUGAUUCACGCAUUGUGGUUCACACUCAGACUCUGUUUGAUAUUGUGAAUGAUGGGUACCGAUGGCGUAAAUAUGGUCAGAAAUCAGUGAAAGGCAGCCCAUAUCCAAGGAGCUACUAUAGAUGUUCAAGCUCUGGAUGCCCCGUCAAGAAACACGUAGAGAGGUCAUCUCAUGACACAAAGUUACUUAUAACGACUUACGAGGGAAAACAUGACCACGAUAUGCCUCCAGGAAGAGUUGUUACUCAUAAUAACAUGCUGGACUCGGAAGUUGAUGAUAAAGAAGGAGAUGCCAACAAGACUCCACAGAGCUCAGCUCUUCAAUCCACUACAAAAGACCAGCAUGUCGAAGAUCACCCAAGAAAGAAGGCGAAGACUAAUGGCUUUGAGAAAAGUCUUGAUCAAGGUCCAGUUUUGGAUGAGAAGCUGAAGGAGAAAAUAAAAGACAGAUCAGAUGUGAACAAAGAUCACGCAGCCAAUCACGCCAAGCCGGAGACAAAGUCAGAUGAUAAAACCACUGCUUGUCAUGAGAAGGCAGUGGAAACCCUGGAGAAUAAGGAACAGAAACCCAAGACAGAGCCUGCCCGAAGCUAAGCAUUCGGUGUUGUAUCGAGUGGUAAUUUAUAUGGCUGUUUAACAUAGAUUAGUACAGGCGUUAUGAUUAUAGACUGUACAGUUGUUGUUCAGGCGGGACCAAAUUUAGAUUAGUGUUUAAUGGAAUAGUAUGCUUUAAUACCUUUAUGUAACCACUUCCAUUUGGUUCAAAUAAGAGUUACAGGAAGAG